GCUGUUUCCAACCGAGGCAACAAGAAACAAGAAAGCAGCAUCGAGACCUGGACAUCCACAAUGGUUUGUGGCGGCAACGCGGCAACCAAAACAUCCAAACCAUGAUGAUCCACCAAGUCUCUGCCGCCUUGACCAGACGCUGUUGUCAUCGUGCCAAUGUAAUCCGCUGUUUUUCGGCUAUUGACAAGGUUGCUGAGAAUAAGAUUGCCGAAUGGCUGCAUCAACGAGGCGAUAAAAUGCUGGAACACGGGAAAAAGCUCCCCUCGGACAUCCACAAGGCACCCGCGUAUUCCCUUGGAUUGCGAGACGAUUACGUGCACACCAAGAUUCUAGCCGACAACAACAUACGACCCGAGAGUGUUCAGCGACGAAUCGACUUGGAUCAAGCUUGGAAGGAAACCAGUGACAAGAUACGUGCGAGCUUUGAGAAGAGCGGCCAGAGUGUGGCGGAAUUCAUCAGAGCUUCAACCACGAAGAAAGAGUUUCAGCAAGACAUGGACAAGUUGCAUCACAUGGCAAAGAGAGUCAACGAUGCCAUUAUAGACGAUUCGUUGCGCUUCAACGGACGGUCACCAGUGCCUCAUGCUCGACGCUUUCAUUUUGAGGAACGGAUCAAGGAAGCUAUUGAGAACAACCAAUAGGCUAUACAAGCCAGCCAACAACAAAUCGCAGCAGCAAGUCUCAAAAAUUCUUCUAUCUUUAUUCAAAGUAUGCUGUCUCAUCGAAGGUUCGCUGUCCGGUUCCUACUCAUCUUGGUACGGUACUCCCCCUCGCUAGCUGCCUGGCGUAGAUCCUAGCUACCGGAGCAGAUAGUCUGCGGGGCGGUGAAGCUUCAGACCUUUGGCACAGAGUUUCCAUGGCAUCUUGUAUCCGUGGCAGUGUCUUUUCCGGGGUCAACAUCCAGUGGCCAUGAUCACACCCUCGAAAGACCACGACAUUCAGGUUGCCCUUCUCAAAGUAUCCAUCCGGGGUUGAGUCCAAAUCCUCGAUCUGGCACUCCUCAUGUUGCUUCAGAUAGGAUUCUUGGACGUCGGAUGGAGCCACUCGGUCAUCGCCACUCAAAAACACCACGGUAGGGACAUCUUGUUCCAUCAAUUCUUCCAAUAGCAGAUUGCCCCGUACCCAACUAAAGUGCCGUUGGACGGACCAGUUUACCAUCAUGUCCGUUCGAAUGAGGUAUCCAACGUCGCCAGGGUCUGGUUGAUUGUACACCACCGAUCGCGUCAGAGAACUGUCGUACAGACAAAAGCAAACGGGGUCCAUAAACACAAGUCCUGCGACAAUGUCAGGAGCAUAUUUGAUCACAUAGCUCAACCAAAAAGUGCCAAAAGAAUGACCGGCAAAGGUGGCUUGGGUAUAGCCAUGAGAUGCCAACAUGGUAGCGAGUGUGGUAGCCACCUGAUCGGGGUUGAGGCAUUCGCCGGGAAACACCCAUGGUCGCAUGGCAGAGACGGUGGAUAUUUCUGGCAGAAAGAUGGGUCGACCCGAUGACAUCAUCUUGAAAAUAAGUGGCAGGUACACCACGGGGCCCACCCCAAUGCCAUGGAUAAAGACCAAAGGUGUCGUCUCCUUGUCUUGUUGGGGACUACCGGGAUGGUAGUAGUAGACUGCCUUCUUGUUUACGCGGCAUCGUCGAAAUCCAGCAAACCACAGUGCCACACGAAGCACCACCUCUAGAAGGAAAAAGACCAAGUGAAUUGUCAAGGGCGCAACGCGGAUACCUGGUGAAGGGAAAGAUGACGCGGAAAUGUGAAGUGAGUGUGAAAUCACGACUUGAAUCUUUCUUUCAGCACAUCACAACCAAAUUGAAACGCACCUAGAAGAGGAUCAGCCGUGGGUCGUCCAAAGCGUCUCGAUUGCUUCUCUUCUUCAUCAUCAGAAGGCUUCUCGGUAAAAGUUUCGUGACACUCGGUCAUCUUUCUCAUGAUUUCAGCCAAUUCGGCCUCGGGGAUGGCUUUGCUGUUGGUCAGGGACUUGUCCAACAACUUCCGGUGUGCAUCAAACACCAGUUUUUUGGAUGGACGAGGCAUGGCUCGGGCGGCCACCUCAUUGUCCAGGUUCUUCAUGGAUUUCCUCUUCUCCUUCUGAAUCAAUCGUCGGGCGUGACUCACAAAGCUAUCAAGUUGAUCGUGCUCUUCAGUUGUCAAGUGCUCUUGGUUGCGUCCAUCAAAGUAGCACCAGCACACAAAGUUUUGCAAUUCGUGCUGAGAAAUGUCAUCAAUGGUUACAUCAAAGAACCAGCUCUCAAAGUACGCAGCUACAUCUGAAGAUUUCGCUUGCAUCACACGACCCCAGAGUCGUUGGCGUUCCUCCAAUGUAAGAAUGUGCGCCGAACUGAGAUAGGCUUCGAGAGGAUCCACCGACUGCAAGUACGCAAUCUUGGCCCGCAUGAGAAGAUAAAAACCGAGUUCGGCAACCAUCACAAUGUCAACCCACAGGGGCACAGCUGGCAUGGCAUUGACAAUGUCUAGCAACCCUUGAGGGAGGAAGUCACAGAGUGACCCGCAACCCCAGUGUUCCAACACUCUGAAAGGCAGAGCGAAGAGAAGCAUCCAAGGAUACAGAACAUCCCAGAAUGACAUCAAUAUUCCAACAGGGCUGAAUCGACCCACCGCGUGGGGAUCUCGUGGCAGCUGCAAACGACAAGUCCAAUGACAUUGAAGACAGCUAGAUUAGCAUUGCUUUGCACAUAAGGAAGCACGAGGAUCGCGGCAACAUACACAAAAACGCCGCGAACACAUUGUUCAACUAACCUUGCUGUGGUCCAGCUCUUGCAGAUCUCGUGAAUAGCGAUGCAUUAGUGCUUGAUUAUGAUUGAGGAAGUUGGUUUGUGAGGAUGUCAGUUUUUGUGUUGAUCCAGUGAUCCAGUCAACUGCGGCCCUUUUUGUCUCCACGGCUGAAUGGCCAGUUUGUGGGUGACUGGUGAAUCCUUGAUCAACCAAUGGUGACGGUAAAAUGACGACCACAGUACCGGUAGUACUGUACGGAGAAUUCUGGGGUGUGCGGCGAUACGGUUGCUCCUUGUUUGAGGAAGCAAUUGUUUUAUCGGGAAGCUGGGCCUGCAAGAUCCAAUGCUGAUCAACCCUAGGUAUUGUAUGACUGCAAUCUUGUGUUAUGGUUGACCCAGGAAUGAUUUAGGUAAUACAGUACAGAGGAUUCUCAGUUGGCGGGGUGCUGAAUAGAAACCUCAUACGAUUUUAGCAAAAAGUUAAGUAGGUUUUAAUCAGCACAAACUGCCGAAUCGCUAAAACACAAACCUACCCUCACGGGUAUGGUGCUGCAACAUGGAGUAGAAAU